CCAUUUCUGGACAUAUGUAUGUAAAGACAAUGAUAUAUGAAGGAAAUUAAUAUGAGACAGAAAACGCAAAAAACACUCAAUUGCAAUUACACUUUAAGCUUUAAUAAUAAUUAAAAAAAAGUUUACCUUUAACUUGAGUUUCAUAUUCCGCCACAAUCUCCUUGUCCUUUCGGAAUUUGGCCGGAGACGUCAUGGCUGGAGUUUGGCGGAUCAAACCACUUGUCCUCGCUGUGAAGUCAAAUCGCUCUCAAUCGGUGAGUAAAAAAGGGGGAAGAAUAUCCACACUACGGUUAGAUUUACACGGAAUGGAGAGGAAAAAAAGGAGAGUCCCGAUAAGGAAAAUGUGGCUCCUCUGCGAGCCCGGCGGGUUCCGUAUUGUCUCCCUGCGUGUGUUCACUCCGGGUGCAUAGUGAGUUUGGCGCUGCUGCUUCGUCUGCUUCUUGUUCUCCUGCUGCUCCUGCUGUUGCUGCUGCUGCUGCUGCUGCACAAUGUUCAUUUGCGCCUCCUCCGAACCGCCGGCUUGGGUGCAAACAGUUUCAAGUCAAAGAGGGGGGAUGCACGCCUCCAUUUAAAUGAGUGAUAACGUGCUAGUUUGCUCUCCAAGGUCCGUUUGCUUCUCGGUUCCUCGCAAUAUCCGCUUGUCUAAAGAGUGACCCCCCUCCCUCCUCCUAAGAAGUAAUAGGAGAGAGGAGGAACCGGUGGAGGGGCUGGCUGUAGUGGGAGCCACUGCGCAGGACACACACCAAGAUUAAGGCAUCUUCCUGAAUUAUUAAAUCAUGUAGUGAAUUUGAAGUUUAUCCAUUGCAAAGUAUUAAUCUUGACUUUUAAAACACACAUAUAGCGCAUGAAAUCAGUCACAUUUACGUCACAUUUACGUGAAAUAUAAGUUGCCCCCAAGACAUAUUUACACGGCGAGCCCCAAUGAUAUAAUAGUUGUUUAGUGCAAAUGAAAAGUAUUUCCUGACAGAUAGCUAAAACCGGAAGUCGUCACAAACAUUGCCAGGCUGCAAUUGUAGCCUCUCAAUUUUAAAUUUAAACAUUUGACAUAUCUUGCCAUUCCGUAGUUUUAACUCAACUUGCCAUUUUAAACGCUGUCAUUGUUUACAGCGUUUAUAAAGUUUGUCUCUCUUCUGACCUGAAAGGACACAACUUUUUUUUUCCGACCCCGCCAAUUUUAAUCGGAUACACCCAUUCUACGUUGCGAUUGGCCCUAGUGAGUUUGGCUGAUGUGUAAAUGCACCAAUAAAGAACAGGCAGCUAGUAAAUGGGUCCGACCAAAUGUAAAGUAUGUCCAAUCGAAUUUGUGCUUGUUGCUAAACCUGACCAAUCGCGUCAGUGACUAUUGCAGUGUAUCCAAUCAUAACUCAGCAUUGGUUCUUUCAAAGAUGGUUUCAGGAAGUGGUUUUAAAUACCAGGAAGUUGUAAACAAAGCUGACAGCUGUUAGUUAGCUGUUAACUACUCCACACUGAACUGACGCGGACCUGAUGGUGUUACAAUCGUAUUCCUCGCCGUUUCUGGGUGUUAAUAAUUUAGCUCACCGUCAACGUUAUAGUCUGGAACCCGGAUGGGGAAUUGUUUUAUUCGGACCGUGUAUUUGAAAAGCUAACGUUAGCUGCGUUUGUUUGACGGCGUAGGAGUAACCAUCGAUGCAUGUGAAGGGCAUUUUAAAGCCAUAUGCUUAUCCUUAAAAUCCCAGAAAUCGGCCAAGUCCGCGUUGGAUUGACCUUAUUAUUGUGUUUGCAACAUCAAGGAGGCGUAAAAGGCUAACGUCACACAUCAAGGCAGGACGACAAUGUCGACGUCCAACGCUAAUUUCAAAAACAAGUGUGUGGCUCAGGUUAACUGUAUAUUUUGUGACAGUUUGCUCUGUACGAGAGGCAUGAAAGCAGUGCUUCUUGCAGACACAGAGGUGGAGCUUUUUUCGACUGAUAUACCUCCAAAUAGAACUGUUGACUUUGUGGCCAGCUGCUACUCAACUGAAAGCUGCAAAUGCAAGCUGAGAGACAUUGCAUGUCUCAAGUGUGGUAACGUGGUGGGCUAUCACGUUGUGGCCCCUUGUAAACCCUGCCUGCUUUCCUGUAACAAUGGACAUUUCUGGAUGUUCAACAGCGACUCGGUCUCCACUCUAAACAGAUUGGACGCAUCAGGUCUCAACCUGCUCCUGUGGGGAGAUCUUCCCGAGUUGGAAGACACCGACAACGAGGAAUCGGAAAGCCCAUCGGAGGAAGAGUGUAUCAGGUAAAAAUGGACAAACGACCAUCCGGGAAUGCUGCUUCAGCAACCCAGAUGCGACGGGAGAGGCCUUAAAGUGUCAUUUAAUGCUUAAGACUAUAAAAAGGUGCUGUUUUGCCGAGGCUGAAACCUAAAAUCCAAGGUGUGCCGGAGGGCCACGCCCCUUGAACGGGUCUGUCACAGCAGGUGCUUGGCCUCGGACAGCUGGUGGAACACCUGCUCUGACACACACACACGGCGGAUUAGUCGGGCACACGCCAAAGGUUUAAUGCUGGGAAAACAACACAGUGAUUGUGCUAUGUGAGACACACACGCCACCUUUGGCGAAACCGCAGCGCUAAAUUGCUGACGUAGUAGAAGAAAUGGGGUACUCUUCGGCGGCGGGAAUAAGCAUUUCCACAAACGUUGCUCGAAAACGACGAUAAGAAAGCUAAUGUCUUAUUCACACAGCUCAGCUUAAUUCAGUGGUUAAUUAUCAUUUAACUGUUUAAAGCACAGUCACCCUUUUAUGAACAUAAACAUGCGGUGUAAAUAUUUAUCAUGAGUGAAAGACCAAAAAUUGAUCAUCAGCUUGUGGUGAUUAUUAGAAUAUUUCGAUGAAUGCAACACUGUGCUUACAUUAAGCCCGGCUGGACAUUAAGGCCUAAUCUUUACACCAAAAAGAUGUAAUUUAACAAAUAAUGUUGCAGUAUAUUUAUUGUGUGGCGGUGUGACUGAAGUCUUUUUUUUUUUUUAAAUAUAUAUAAUAUAUUGAAUGAAUAAAUAGCACAUUUGCUUGAAAGGGCAUAAUCAAUACAUGUGUCAUCUACAGUAAAAUACCUUUUUAUACAUAAGAAUAUACAGUAUGACAGAAGCAGCAGUUCUAUAUGAAUAUUGCUAUUAUCCAUCGAUAUCAACAAAGUAUUUCAUUAAGUAUUACUGGACUGUGACACUCUACCUGAACUUGACGAGUUUGUAGCAUUUCGGCCGGUCACACCUUUUUCAUUUUAUUAUUAUUAUUAUUAUUAUUGCAAAUAACUGCAUUAAAUUAAAUGUAAAUGUACACAAGUUUAUCUUUUUUUUAAUAUAUUUUUUUAAUUACGGUAAUGAAUAACUGUGAGCUCUGUGUCAAAAGUUGGUGUCACCAUAUCCUUUGUGUGUUGCAUGCAGGGAGAUAUGUCUUGUUCUGUCAUUUUGGAUUAAAGUUACGAUCCAGCGGUAUUUUCGAUGUUGUUGGCACGCCCAUCUAAUUACUCGGGUAUGGAUCGGAUCUACUGAAACAAGAAAUGACAGUAAAAACAACCCUCUGUCUGUCACACAUAAACAUCAAACCAUGCUAAACUGUCACUCUGCGUUUAUUUAAAGUAUCGAUAAUGUUCGGAGUAACAUUUGAACACAUCGUUAAUUCUUAUGAGCGUAAGAAUAAGUUGACCGCUGUAGUGUUGAUGAGUUAAAACCAUAAAACUCAAUUUCAGAUACUACCUUUUUGCGUGUUUGACCUUCAUUUGUACUUUUGGUACUUCAUGGGUCAUGAUCUGAUGGAUUAGUAGUAGUAGUAGUAGUAGUAGAUGAUGUAAUUAGACCAGUGUCAAACACUUAAAAUCGAUGGUACUUCAGUCAUGGUGCUGACCUCAUGUCGUCUGCCAUGUUAAUAUGCUAAAAUGAUUAGCCUUUCUCUGGCCUGUUUGCCCAUAUUGAAGAAUCGGACCCAAGAUUGUUAAAAAAAAAAUGUGAUUAUUUAUGUGUGUGCGCGUGUGUUUUAGCCUCCAUAUUGAACUUACAAGUGCAGCCUGGACAAUACGUAAUGUUGUCUUCAACUGCUAAAAUACUGACAACACAUUGUUUACAAUUUUUGUUUACAAAUGCUUUGCAAUGUGCUGUAGUGCUUAGGUUUUUUUGUUUGUGUAUUUAAUAUUUAAUUUGUGAUGUGAUUUUUUUUUUAUAGUUUUACCACAAGAUAUCACUUGUGAGCUUCCACUGGCAAGGACAAUAAGAGUGUGACAUGAUAAUAAAAAAACAAAAAACAUUAUAACAAAAAUAUGGAAAUGUUUCUGAAGUGAAUAGUAAGUGAUUUAACUUGCCCUGUUUAAAAGAUAUAUUUUGCAAUUUCACUCAAAACUGUGCGGGUAGUUUGGAAACUUGAUUGUUUGUUUUGUAUGGUUGUUAAAUUAAUAAAACUUUUUUUUAAUACCUCUGA